UUCAGUAGACAUAGGUGAAAAGAAACGUUAACUAAGUUCGUAGAGCGAGCUAAUUAGUCGCGUAAGUGGAUGGGGUAAUUUAGCGCGGAUUCUGCCAGUUCUCCCAGAUCGAUCCCGCCUGGUCUCUAGUCUGCUCCACAGACUUCUAUCUGCGGCUUAUUUCACUGGACUAUAGAAUGGUGUAAAUUAUUCAUUCUUAUUGAAUUGUACAGAUGAAAGCAAAAGAUUAAGAGUGCAAAUUGGAAUUAGAAUUUAUAAAACGCAAUGUUGGAAACAGUGACUUUACGAUAGAAUGGUUUAAUGAUACUAAACCUCAUAGUGUUGAAAAUUAAAAAAAAAAGAUCGUUUAAGCAUUCCAAUUGAUAUAUAGAGUGUACGCCAAAUUAUUGGAUGUUUAUGGUGUUUGUCGGAGUAUUUGGAACGUAAGUGCGUUUUGGCAAACGUUUUACGGCUAUCGGAACUAACGUCGUCAGAAGUGAUCUAUUAGUACCAGUAGCUGUCGUUGUAGUAAAACGAUGACGACAAAUGAGGAGCACGGUUCCAAGGAGGUGACGCCGAAACCGGAAGAAGAAGACAGCGACGAUGACGACGAGGAUCUGCUCGUGUUUACCCCGUACACGGCCGCCUCAUGGGACGAGCAGCUGGAUUCGGAGAAAAACCGGCACGACAAGGAAGUGGAGAACAAAAAACACCAGGGUGAAGCUCACCUCGUAGACGGCGAGCUCCAGUUCGUCUCCGAGGAGCACCACGGCCACCAAGAGACGCGCAACCCAAAUUUGGUGGAGGGAAACACUCUCAAGGAGGAUAUAGAGCCCGAGUUUCCCAAGGACCUGUACGGGAAGCCCGUUGAGGAGUUCGACAAGCUAAUCAAGGAGCGAGAUAAGACAUUCUGUGUGGUUGGCCCCCGUUUCAAGCGGGAGUACAUCUAUCGGUUUUCUGCAACCCCCUCAUUCUACGUUCUCCGGCCAUGGAACCCGUUCAGGAAGUUUUGUGUGUACAUCGCCACCAGUCAGUAUUUCGACUACUUCAUCAUCCUCACGAUCUUGGCUAACUGUAUAUUCCUUGCAAUGCCAAAUGAACCUGCUUCAGAAACAGCUGAGUAUGUGUUCUUAGGAGUCUACACACUUGAGAUGAUAAUCAAGCUUUCCGCCCGUGGUUUUUUCAUCAACUCGUACACGUACCUCAGAGACGCAUGGAACUGGCUAGAUUUUAUAGUUAUAGUAUCAGCGUAUUUCACAAUAGUUCUAGAGAAUACAGGUGGACAGUCAAGUCUGGGGAAUCUUCAAGGUAUCCGAACUUUCCGAGUCUUCCGAGUUCUUCGGACCAUCUCAAUCAUACCAGGUUUGAAGACGAUUGUGAAUGCGUUGUUGAGGGCGUUCCGCAUGUUGCUGGAGGUGAUGAUGCUCAUCUGUUUCUGUCUGAUGGUGUUUGCCCUCUUUUCCCUCCAAAUCUACAUGGGGUCACUGCGGCAGAAGUGCGUCACCAACCUGAACUACUCCCUUGCCUCGCCGCCCGCCUACACCUACGACCAGUACUUCAACGACCACACCAAAAACUCUUUCAACUGGUACAUGGAAGGUGAAUACCUAUGUGGGAACACUUCUGGUGCCCAGUCGUGUCCGGACGGCUACACGUGUUUUGGGGACAUCGGAGAAAAUCCACGCUGGGGGUUCGUUAGCUUCGACCACUUUGGCUGGGCCAUGCUUACCUCCUUCCAGCUCAUGACCCUUGACUUUUGGGAGGACACCUACAAUAAGGUGCUCCAGACAUCCGGUCCCCUGAACGUGAUCUUCUUCAUACUCGUCAUCUUCUUUGGCUCCUUCUACCUUGUAAACCUGAUGUUGGCUGUCGUUGCUAUGUCGUAUGAGCAGGAGUCCGAGGCCGCCGGCAAGAGUAAGGGUCGUGGUAUGCGAAUGUUUAGACCUUAUGAGGAUGAGAAAGAGUCUGAUGCAAAAGCGCCAGAGGAGAAAGCAAAAGAGAUUAAGAACAAGGAGCGGAACAAGAAGAGGAAAAAAAAGAAAGAAAAAGAGAAAAAGGAAAAAGACGCCCUCCGUGACCUUGCCAAUGAACAAUCUAAUGAUAAAAAUAAGCACGACCAUCAUAAAAAACACCCUGAUGAUGCAGAUUACGAUGACCCCUGGAUACAUUUGCGCCAUGAGACAACAAAUGCAGUGAGGGCCGCUGUUGAGAUGGCGUACCCAUCCAAUCAUGCCAGCAAGAAGAUUCCGACAAGCUCUACGGCCCGCCCUCUGGGCAACCCAAACCAUGUAAGUCAAACAGACAACAAGGAUAGCAAGCACAUCAAACGUAACCCUAUGGUGAAAAUGGCGAGCAAGGACAGCGGGACGGGAAACUCCGUGGAGAGCUCACGCUCUAACGGGAGCAAGGAUGAAUACACCUUGAUGGAGGAUGGUUCCUACCCAGGAAGUACUAUUGAUAUAAUCAAGAGAGACUCUCGCUUACCCACCAAGAAACCACUGCUCAAACAACAGAGCACUGGCAUGGUGUCGUCCUCUGGUGUGACCUUAAGUCCUUACAGGGUUGAAGAGAAUAACACUGACCAUUUGACGUUUGACGGCCCCAAUGACUAUGACAAUACCGAUGACACGAAUACAAACGCCAUGGAGGAAGAAUCACCAGGCCGAAAAUAUGUGCGGGAAAAAUAUCCGCAUCUCACCAUUGUGGAUGUUGGAGAUGGUGACCCGUACAUUGAACGUGAGGAGGACCAGGUGGUGAACAGGAACUGUAACUCCUGCUACAACGUUUGCGGGGGCCGCCUGUUUGUUGGCUGGCUCUGGUACCAGCAGUUCUGCUUCACGAUUAUCUCCGAGCCCAUGUUUGACCUGUUCAUCAUUGUCUGUAUCACCCUCAACACCCUCUUCAUGUCCCUGGAACACUACCCACAGACUGACACCUUCUCUGAUGUACUCAGUGUCGCAAACUAUAUAUUCUCGACAGUGUUUAUCCUUGAGGCAGUCCUCAAGCUGUCUGCUCUGACAAAGCAUUACUUCAAGAACUCAUGGAAUAUCUUUGACCUGGUCAUUGUGGUCAUUAGUAUCUUUGAUUUGACCCUCACCAAUGUGGAUGGCCUCUCUGUUAUCAGGAUCUUCAGGCUGUUGAGAGUGUUUAAGCUGGCCCAGUCAUGGGGUACGAUGCGACUGCUGCUGUCCAUCAUCAUGAACACACUGGGGGCCCUGGGAAACCUCACCCUGAUCCUGCUGAUUGUCAUCUAUAUCUUUGCUGUUGUUGGACUCCAGCUUUUCAACGAUAAAUACACACCAGACAAGUUUGAUGGGGAAGUCAUUAGGUGGCAUUUCAAGGAUAUAUUCCAUGCGUUUAUGAUGAUAUUCCGCGUGCUGUGUGGGGAGUGGAUCGAGCCUCUUUGGGACUGCAUGCGUGCCGCUGAUGAACUCUGCAUGGCUGUUUUCCUUCCUACCCUCGUACUGGGAUACUUCAUCGUGCUGAACCUGUUUCUUGCCCUGCUGCUGAACGCCUUCGCCAGCGACACACUCCGUGAGGCUAAAGAAUCUAGUGAUGAGAACGACAAACUGAAGCUGGCAUUUUCACGCCUCUACAAUCUCUUCUGCUGCUGCUUGAAGAAGAAGAAUGGUGCAAAUGCUGUCUCCCCCGACACUGAUGAGGACGGCAAUGAGGUCGUACAGAUCAAGGACCUCAAAGUACAGGAAGAAAAAGAGUCUCUACCGGCUAUUAAAAAUGGAGUCGACAAGAAAACAUCCAAUGGAUUAUCAAAUAAAGAUUCCAAGAAUGUGGAUAAGGCAUUUGCAACCAAACGUGACCAAUUUGAUGAUUUUGCAAAGACCAUGCAGGACUCAAAAGGUGAUAAGACUGGCAAACCUGCUGAAGUUGAAACUACCAAGGACACGGUGAAAAUACUAAAUGAACAGGAUGGGGAAGAGAAGAAAAAGGAGGAAGGAGUAACUUACUACACGGUUCCUAAAAAAACCAAACAGGUGAAAACAGGGAAAGAUAAGAACAAGGUGGAUACUAGUCUGAAUGUGCCGAGGAAGGACCAAGAUGAUAUGGAGCUUGGAGCUGAGGCUUCAACUAUCAAGAAGGAUGCCAAGAAACAUGAUGGGGAGGAGGAGGAAGAGGACAAGGUUAUCGAGGUUCAUGCCUGCUGGCCUGUCUUUUGUGCUAAACGAUUUGAAGCCAAAAACCGGUGUGUGUGUUGCUGGCUCCACAAUGAUUCUACAUUCUGGGACAAGUGGUUUAAGUUACGAGUCUUCAUGAACAUAGUUGUGGACCACAAGAUCUUUGAGGGUAUCAUCCUCCUGUCUAUAGCUGUCAGCAGCAUCACACUGGCCUUUGAGGAUGUGAACCUGUACAAGAACAUUGUGAUGCAGCAGGCUCUCUACUGGCUUAACCUUCUCUUUGCUGUAAUCUUCGGCGUUGAGAUGUUCAUGAAGUGGAUCGCAUUCGGAUUCAAGAAAUACUUUACCAGUUUUUGGUGUCUCCUUGACUUUGUUAUAGUUGUGAUAUCCGUGGCCAGUAUUGUAGCUGAAGCAUAUGGAGCAGCCAAUCUGUCAGCGUUCAGAUCACUCCGUACUCUGAGAGCACUACGACCCCUAAGAGCCAUUUCUCGCUGGCAGGGCAUGCGGAUUGUGGUGAAUGCGCUGAUGAUGGCUAUACCAGCCAUCAUGAACGUGCUUCUCGUGUGCCUGCUGUUCUGGCUCAUCUUCAGCAUCAUGGGUGUCCAGUUCUUUCGGGGCAAGUUCUACAAGUGUCUCGACAGCAACGGUGAUAAGCUCUCUAAUGAAGUGGUUGCAAACAAGGCUGAGUGUCUGGCCAUGGAAGCUUCACAUGGCUAUAAAUGGGAGAACAGCCCUAUCAACUUUGACAAUGUCUUUAGCGGCUUUCUAGCUCUUUUCCAAGUGGCUACAUUUGAGGGUUGGAUGGAAGUUAUGGAAGAUGCAGUGGACAGUGCAGAUAUCGACGAGCAGCCUAGCUUCGAGAAUUCACUCUACUCCUACCUAUUUUUUGUCGCCUUCAUCAUCUUUGGCGCUUUCUUUACGCUCAACCUCUUCAUUGGUGUCAUCAUUGACAACUUCAACAUGCUGAAGAAGAAGUAUGAUGGUAAUUACCUUGACAUGUUCCUGACCUCUGGCCAGCGACAGUACUACAACACCAUCAAGAAACUGGGUAACAAGAAGCCCCAGAAAACCAUCAAACGACCUAAGUACCGCUGGGUGUGGUUGAACAAGAUCCAGGGUGUGUUCUACGACAUAGCGAUCAGCAGCAAGUUUGAGCUGUGUAUUGUCAUCGUGAUCUUCCUGAACAUGAUCCAGAUGGCAGUUGACCACUAUGGCCAAACCCAGGCAGUCACUGAUGUCCUCUCCAUGCUUAACAUGCUGUUUGUGGUCAUCUUCACCCUAGAGGCGAUCGUCAAGAUUAUUGGCCUACGUUGGCACUAUUUCACCCAGCCCUGGAAUAUCUUUGACUUUGUUGUUGUGAUAAUCUCCCUUCUUGGCAUAAUACUGAGUGACAUCAUGUCAAACGUGAUCGUGAGCCCCACUCUGCUGCGAGUUGUGCGAGUGUUCCGUAUCGGCAGAGUGCUGCGACUUAUCCGAGCCGCAAAAGGAAUCCGCAAGCUCCUGUUUGCCUUGAUCAUUUCAUUGCCGGCUCUCCUCAACAUCGGCAUGCUCCUGUUCCUCAUCAUGUACAUCUACGCCAUCAUCUGCCUGUCUCAGUUCCAGAACCUCAAAAUUGAGGAUCCCCUCGACGAGGAUGUUGUCAACUUCCGAACCUUUGGUAAUAGUUUUCUGCUCAUGUUCCGUCUGUCCACUGCUGCAGGCUGGAACGAUAUUCUUGGAGCUAUGAUGAUUGCUCCACCAAAUUGUAAUAACACCCAUUACCAACAAGGAGACGAGUGGAUAGAAAAUUCACCAGGAAAUUGUGGCACUAGCUGGCUAGCAGUGUUUGCGCUGACUACAUAUAUUCUCAUCAUAUUCCUUGUGGUUAUUAACAUGUUUAUCGCUGUUAUUUUAGAAAACUUUAACCAAGCUCAUGAACAGGAGGAAGUUGGCAUUACUGAAGAUGACUUUGACAUGUUCUAUGCUAUCUGGGAGAGAUAUGAUCCCCUUGCCACUCAGUUUAUCAAAUAUGAACAGCUAUCAAACUUUGUGGCCGACUUAGAGCCACCCUUAGGAAUAAGUAAACCUAAUGAAAUAGCUUUAGUAUCUUUUGACCUGCCCAUAACAGAGGGUGAUAAACUGCACUGCCUGGAUGUGCUGAUGGCGCUGGUAAGGUAUGUGCUGGGAAAUGUAGAGGAGAGUGAUGAAUUCAGACAGUUACAUGAACAGAUGGAGCAAAAGUUUCAAUCUGCGUUUCCUACUCGUGUCAAUACCACUAAAAAGACUACAACAAUGAUGCGUAAGAAGGAAGAUGUGGCUGCUAAAACGUUGCAGCGAGCUUGGAGGAGUUGGAAGGCUCAAAAGCAAAUGAAAAACAUUGCCACUUUGGCUAUGCAACAAAAGAAUCAAAGUAAAAGUGGGACUUCUAUUGAGCCCCGCAACAAAAAUAGCUCAAUACGUAACCUUGGUACAAGGCUUACGACAGCUCUUAGUGCUUUCUUUAGUUCAUCACGCCCCAGUAGUGCUGUAAGUCAGCUCAGUAUUAAGAGCUCAAAUCCCUCUAUUGCAGAAAAUAACGCUUCCACAUCAAAACAGAAGAAGGCUCAAAGUGCGAUGAAUAUGCCCAAUGUUUCAACGUUAUAUGGCCCUGGUAGAGACAAUGAUAUAGAGUUGUGACAAGGGCCCUAGAUAAGAGGUGAAUGCAAUAAUGUGGAAAUUGUCAUGGACCUGAUGUUAAACAAUGUUGUUUUUCAACAAGACUGAUAAUUUUAUGUGUAAGUGAUUUAUGACUUGGUGUGCUUAUAUCAAGAAAGUAUUGAUCCAAUUUGAAUAUAUGUGUUGUCUUUGAGGAUAUGCUCACAGACUCGAAUUUUUCUCUCGUUUAGCAUAGUUUUGACAUUUUGACAUCUAAACUUGAUGUGUAUGUUUUCUUUCUCGUAUUUCGCUCAUAUAAUAUUGCAUUGAAUACAACUUGGUGUUAAAAAAGACUUUGGUGCUAGAGACGUUUUCUCAGAAGCAUUUAAAUUUUCUAGAGUCUUUAAAUUGUGAAAUGGAUCCUGAUGCAAGAAUUAUAAAUAGUAACUGUAUAUACCACAACCUUUUAUGCUGAAUUGAAAUAUAGAUGUUUUUAAAAGUACUAGCAAUUACAAAAUAAAUUGAACAGGUGUUGAAUUAAUAAUAGCAUUUACACCACAAUUAAGCCCCUGUAUUUGCUGCAGUUUUGAAUUCAGCUAUUUGAAAUGUACAAACCAGUUCGCAUUUGUUGACUGUCCAAAAAUUAUGUAAAUAAGAAUAUUGACUUUCUUUUGUCAGAAACUGCAUUUUGGAAGAGAGAAUGUACUUUGUUUUAAUGAUUUCUUUUCAACCCCAAACUAAUGUUUGUUAAUGUUAUUAUAUAAAGCCCUUGCCAAAAAGUAUUAUUUGAACUGUGAUAAACUAUUCCUUCUUUAUUAUUUUUAAUUGUCUGGCGGUAAUUAAGUUUUGUUUGAGCCUAUUUGAUCUAACCGUAACUGUUCAAUAUCUGAUACAUGUCUUUUGGUUUUGAAACUGUAAAAAAAUGAUGUCUAUUUAUUUUUUUUGGUUAAGAAAAAAAGAUCAUUCUCAUUGAAAGGUCUGUUUGGAAAUUGUUUAUGGAAAAUCCAUUCAACUUCAGUUUUGACCAUUGUAGGGGAUAGCAAACAUUGUAUAAUGAUGUCAUAAUGGUUGUUUCCCUUGUGUAAGGCGUGGUGUAUGAGUAAGUAAGUCAGAUGUUGCAGUUUGCCUCUUUCUCAUCUUCUCUGCAUUUUUGGUGUAUUUUGUUCAUGUCGAUAUUAUUAUUUUUUUUUUAGAACUUUUCUGAUUAUAUUCAUUGUGUCAUACUCAUACGACAUUGUUUGGUAUUUGUAUAUUGGUCUUAUCAGCCGGCAUUUACUCUUGUUCUGAUAUACAUGUAUUAUGCUGGUAAUGAGCCCUUUUAGGGUUUAUUAUUAUGAUAAUAUUUAACUAGUCUUGUGUUUCUUGUUUCUGUGGAACUGUUAUGGUUUGAAAACCCCUAACUAUCCCAACAACAAUGUUUUGUUGAAAUUUGGGUUGAUAUGUGACAAAAUGGUUGGCACAUUGGUCAAAGAUGGUUAAUCUUUUAUAUACCUUUCUGAUAUAUAAAUUAUUGCAUUUUAAAAAUCAUAUAUAAUUCAUUUAAUGUCCUUUUUAACAUUGAAUUUCAUUAAGGUCAGGUAUUGUUGCUUCUUAAUUCUUUGAACCCACUGAAAUGCUUAAUAACUAUGAUAAAGUUUGUGUAAAAAUAGAGUCCUGUAUAUAAUAUAACAGUAUAUUUUACAAUAUUCCUGUGAUUUCUAUUUGUUGAAGCUCCACAUUCCUGUAAAUGCUCAUGAACAUACAUCCCACAGUCCCAGUCCAAGAGGAUAUUGCUUCUGUUUAACUUUGUUUCAGUACAGGUUAACCCUAGCUUAAACGCUUAAACAAAAAAUCCCCAAUUCCUUGUAUACGGUAAUUCUGCUUCAUUUUAUCAGUAAAUCAGUACGAAACUGAUUUUGUUCUCAGUUAAAUGGCCAUCAGUUUAUUUUUAAAUACAUUUGCUAAUUAGAUCAUAUUUACAUUUCAUAGUAGUUUAAAUGCAUGAAUAAAGUUGUAUGUAUCAGGAUUCUUCCUUGAAGUUCAAUUCCAUUCUAGACAAUAAAUCCAUGGUAAUUGUAGGUAGCUUUUUGUUUGUACAUAAACAUGCCAUGGCCUCUUAUGAUAUGAGUCAGCUCAAACUGAUGUCAGAUCUCAAUAUUUGAAUGUUUACUGCUGUACCAACAAUAUCUUCAAAUGCUUGCAACAAAAUUUGUUAAACUUGAUUAAUUGGUGUCACACUCAAAGCUAUCUGCACAAUCUGAAGAUUUUCAAAAUGUUUCCAACCAAAGGCAAAAGCUUCAUUUUAAUAAGUUUAAUCCACAGAGAAUGUUCCAGUCAAGGGGCAAUAACCCCACUAAAAAUUGAACCCAUUCACAUGUUAAAAUGCUGCAAGUGUCACCAAUGUAUUAUUUAAGCUAAUUUGAUAUAUAGUCUGAUGCCUAUGCAAUGGUGUUAUUAUUAGUUUUCUGUAUUACUGACAUUGGCAUUGAGUACAUGUUAAAGGACAUUUAUGAUGGGAUAUUUAUUUGUUUUCCCAAGAGUUGUUAAAAUGUUUGUUUCACCUUUUUUCGCCUGAAUUACUUUAUGCUAUGUUGACCAAAGGUUUAUCAAUAAAUUUUGAAAACUGA